UCCAUAAUAGGGAACUAGUUCGAGUAAUUAGUAUUUCAUCUUAACUGAAAAGUGCAGCAUAACAUCUUCCAUAAAUUUUCUGUAGUGAAACAAUUGGGCACCAAAAAAGCAUUUGAAAUCGUCAAUUCUCGUAGAAAUGGGUGGCUAGGGUUCCAAUUGAGAAUUCUCCGAGCAGAUUAGAUUCGUUCCAACCGCCAUUGAUGCAACGGAAGAGGAAAGAAAGAGGAAAAUCAGAAAAUUCAUCGAUUUUGUUCCGUCUGUAAAUCGACGCACUAUGGAUUUCCGACCUAAUUCAUGUUUCUCUCCCCCCUUUUUUUUCGUUUUUUGGUGUCGGUUUUUGAAUUGAUGUGAAAGCAGAAACCCCUUUAUCCCGCAAGGGGAUAGGAUAUUCUUCUUUUUUCUCAAUUCCACCGCUUCCAUUGUCGGAAUGCGCUGAGCAGCUCCAAUUUCCGGCGAUAACGAAACAAUCAAUCGAGGUUGGGAAAAGUUGUUGCCUUGGGCGGGCUUAAUUUUGCAUCUACGCAUUGUAAUUUGAAGCAGAAAGGUGUAUGAAAAAUUAGGGUUUGCGAGAAGCUAAUUCUGUACAUGGCGGGACCUUCUACGGUGUCAAUUCAGUGGAUUCCUGAAGAUGACCUCUUGUUGAAGAAUUCUGUUGAGGCUGGUGCAUCAUUGGAAUCUCUUGCCAAAGGUGCAGUACAAUUUUCUCGGAGAUAUACUUUACGAGAACUCCAAGACAGAUGGUACUCUCUUCUCUACGAUCCUGAUAUUUCAGCCCAAGCUUCUGAUCAUAUCUUCGAACUUGAGAUAUCUGGCAUCAGCCCUGCGUGCAAGUUAAAUAGACCCGAGAACAACUUCUCAGGAAAUAAAGAUGUUUCACUGAAGAGGAAAUCUGAGAGCAUCCGAAGAAAAUACUACGCCAUGAGGAAAAAAAUCCGCAGUGAAUUUUUCAGUAACAGUGAUCUAGGUUUUGGUUUUCAGCACCAAGUGAUGCAUGAUGGUAAUCCAUUGGGUCAAGACCAUUUGAGACUUAAGGAAGAAGAUUUAGAUAUUCUGCGUCAUGCCUUUCCAGCAACUAAUAAUGUAUCACAGAAUGGAUGCCCGAAUCCCUUCGAAGACAAUCAACAAAACGGAAUUAUGAGAGGCUAUGGCUUUGAUGAGAAUGUUAAUUCUUCAUUAAAGGGUGGAAAUAAUAAUUUGGAGGCGAAUAGAAACAACAGAAAUAAUCCACUUGAUCCAGAUGGCUUUUCUUCUCUUCAGACAAUUGUGUUUGCAUCGGAGCAGCCUCGAUUGCACCAUUGGAGAACAAUGGUAGAUGCUUCAGCUUCUUCAAUACCUGUUACUACUAUGAGCCUGCAAGAUACAGCUCAGGUUGCCGAAGAUAUGAUUUUGAAUGAUGUUGACGGUAAAGAAACUAGCUCAACAAUGUACUCUGGUGAAUUUGGAGAUCCAGAUUCACUUCUAAACCUCUCAAAUGAGGAUGGAAUUCUAUUGGUGGAUGAAGAAGAAAAACAUGAUGAUGAUGAUGAUAAUAAGUCUUGUGUUAAUGAUAUUGAUUCAGUUCCCGAUGACUUGAAAAAAGAAAGUGAGGAAAAUGAUAUUGCUGAAGUUGAACUUGGGACUGUGACAGUUUUAGAAGCUUGUGCGGACACCACUGCUAGUGAAAACCCUGUGGUGUUGGAAGUUGCUGCAUCCUUUGGUGUGCCUUCAAAGUCAACUUCAAUUUCGGAUCCUGUUGAACUUCGUGAUGGCGAGAUCCGGUGCACAUUGAACACUGAAGACCCGGAAAUUCCAUGUAAUGAUGAUAUCUUCUUGCUUAUUCAUCCUUCCACGUCAUUUGGUUCUUCUGCAACACAACCAAACACCGGAAUGUCUAUGAAUGCAUCUGCUGAAAAUGAUAAUGAAGAAGCUAUAACAUUUCCAACAAAAGCAAAAGAUUCUACGAGAGAUUUAGUUUGGCCUCCGAAAGUGGGACUACAUGGCUUGCCAGAAUCACGUUCACUUGUUGGUCGUGCAGCCAAAACCGAAAUUCACGAUUCCAGACCUCAGGCCCUACUCCAUGGAUUUGUCAACAAAACCAUUGGAGAUUCCAGUAAAGGCAGAUCAUUGUAUGCAACUCCGAAAUCUUGCAGCAAUAGCCUGGCCGAGAAAGAAGUUUCUGGACUUGAUAUCAAGGUUGGAGACAACCCUGCAACAAUGUCUGAGAUACAAUCCACUGAAGCAGGUUCUGUAAGAACCCCGAUUCCAGAAUCAGUUGUCAACGACUCAGUGUCAGAUCAGGAGGAAUCUCAGAUUGAUGAUGACGUGCCUUAUUUUUCUGACAUAGAAGCUAUGAUACUCGAAAUGGACUUAGAUCCACAUGAUCAAGACUCCCACAUUAUUAGGCAAGGGAAUUUAUCUGUUCCGAGAUAUCAAUAUGAUGAAUCCAAGAGGACAAUCAUAAGGUUGGAACAAGGUGCUCUUUCCUGCUUGCAGAGGGCCAUGACAUCUCAAGGAGCGCUGGCUAUAUUAUACGGCCGCCAUUUGAGGCAUUACAUAAGGAAGCCUGAGGUUUUACUUGGAAGAUCGACAGAUGAUUUUUUUGUUGAUAUUGAUCUAAGGAAAGAAGGACGAGCUAAUAAAAUAUCCAGGCGGCAGGCUAUUAUAAAGAUGGAGACAGAUGGAUCUUUCUUUCUGAAAAAUCUCGGUAAGAGUUCAGUAUCUGUGAACGGCAUUGCAGUAGCUACCGGGCAGCUGCUAAACCUUAGUUCCGGUUGUUUGAUCGAGAUAAAGGGAAUGAGUUUCGUGUUCGAAAUCAACCAAGGGUAUGUGAGGAAUCACCUAGGGACUUUUUGUCUUGAAAAUAAAGGGAAAACGAGCAAGCCCGAUUGGACGCCCGACGAGGAAUAACGAGCAAGCCUGAGUGGACGCCCGCCCGACGAGGAAUAACAAGCAUACCAAUGCUGGAAAAAGAAGAAAAAAAUAAUUCCUUGUUGCCAUAUAAAUGAAAUAAUUUAAUGCCUGUAUAUUUGUAAGCUUUAUCCUCAAGAGUAUGUGUAGUAGAUAUAGCAGGUUUUAGUGCAUUUUGUGCAAUGUAAGCUACAUUUCACAUAUUGCUUCUCCUUUUAAUAUAUAUUGCUCUUGAUGUACUA